AUGCGUGCCAAACACGGCAAAAAUCCGCAGCAACGUUUCGACGACUUCUUCGAUAAUCCAUGUUUUGAGAACAUCAACAGGAAGGACUUCAUAAGUAAGGUUUCGUUUAUUGGUGGCGACUGCAAGAAACCUGAUCUAGGACUAAAACCUGAAGAUGUCGAUAUUUUGAAAAACGAAACCACGUGUGUUUUCCACAUCGCUGCCAACGUCAAUUUUCAGCAGACGAUAAAAGAAUCUAGUUAUAAUGUCAAAGCCACCAAAGAAAUGAUAACGUUGGCUGGAAAGAUGGAAAAGUUGAAAAUUUUUGUCUACGUGUCUACAGCCUACUCCAAUUGCUUAAAUAAUCACAUUCGUGACGAAAUUUAUCAACCACCCAUAAAAGCACAAGCAUUUCUCGAUUUAGUUGACUCUUGUAACGAAGACGAUUUAGAAAACACACUUUUAGCUUACCUGAACAAAUGGCCAAACAACUACGUUGUUUCGAAAUGUUUAUCAGAAGAUUUAAUUAAAAGCUUAGCCAUCGGGAUACCAACAGCGAUCAUUCGGCCAGCAAUUGUUACGAAUACCAUCAAAGAACCCAUUCCAGGAUAUAUUGACAAUUACCACGGUUUCAUUGGUCUUGUGGUUGGGGGUUACAUGGGUGUAAUCCAGACUUUGUAUGUAAAAAAAGAAGUUCAAAUGAAUUUGGUUCCGGCAGACGUUGUUUGUAAUUGUAUUUUGGCAGCAGCGUGGCAUACUGCCAACUGCAAAACUUUGACUGUGUUUAACUGUGUUGGCAAAAAAAUAUCUUUAGAAAAGUCAACAAACUUAAUGAAAAGCUUUUACUGGGAAUUUCCAUCUGUCAAGUACUUAUGGUAUCAAAAGACUUCUAUAACUGACAGUAAAUUCUGGUACAAUGUCAACACUUUCCGGAUGUUAAUAUUAGCGUACUGCAUAGAUGCGAUUUUCUUGUGUGUAAAAAAACCAGUUGGGGCUAGAAAAUUGUGUAAACAAAUUACUAACCAACUAGAUUCUUUGUCGUACUUCACUUCUCGGGAAUGGAGCUUCAGCGAAGACAAUUUUAUGAAUUUGUGGAAUAAAAUGGGAGAUCGGGACAGGGCCAUAUUUCCCUUUCAUGUAGACCGAAUAGACUGGAACGAAUAUUUACACAAAUGUGCUUUAGGCAUAAGGCUCUACUUACUCAAAGAACCGAUUACUACUCUUCCACAAGCUAAAAAAAAAGUUAAAAUAUUAUUUGCUCUUCACUACACAACUGUCGCGUUGUUCUAUUAUUUUCUUUACUUGCUCUUUGAAUUUCUGAUAAACAAAAUCUAUGAUAAGUACAGUGUUUAGAAAAAUGUACAUACGUUAAAAAAACUGGCUCCCGAUUUCUUCGUGGCUUAAAAACGCCACAAAUUUCAAGAGAUCAA